GCCUUUUUCGCGUGCUUCUUCGUCUGGCCCUUUACUGCACGAUACGGUCGACGAUGGUCCAUUGUUCUAGCCUCGUGCGUCUUCAACAUUGGCGCGAUCCUUCAGCUCUUCUACCCAAACAACUCGGUCGCGACUUGGUACGCCGGACGCGUCAUCUCGGGCCUCGGCGUGGGCAUCGCGACAGUCAUCAUCCCCAUGUUCAGCGCCGAGAUGGCACCCAAGGCUAUCCGUGGCCAGCUGGGCAGCAUGUUUCAGUUUUUCUUCACGCUUGGAGUGUUUACUAGCUACUGGAUCGACUAUGCCGUUGCCGAGCACAUGCCUUCUACUACAGCGCAGUGGAGAGUUCCUGUUGGACUGCAGCUUGUUCCUGGUGGUAUUCUCGGCAUGGGCAUGCUGCUUACAAAGGAGAGUUGUCGUUGGUUGGCCAAGGUUGGGAGGCACGAGGACGCCUUGGAGUCGUUGGUGUGGGUUCGUGGUGGUGAAUUGACCCCUGAAGUUCAGUCAGAGAUGGAUGAGAUUCUGGCUGCUAUUGCCGAGGAAGAGCGCAUCACCGAAGGUCUUACAUGGAAGGAAUAUCUUCUCCCUGCCAACCGCUGGCGCAUGUUUAUCGUCAUCACUCUGCAGAUUGGUGUCCAACUUACCGGCAACACAUCCCUCGCCUACUUCUCCCCUCAAAUCUUCAACGCCGUCGGAGCUGGUUCAAACGCCUUCCUCUUCAGCGGUUUCUUCGGCCUCGUCAAGGUCGUAGCCUGCUUGUUCUUCCUGCUCUUCCUCGUUGAGCGUAUUGGCCGAAGAGGCUCUCUUAUCCUUGGUGCCUUUAUGAUGGGUGUUUACAUGUUGAUCGUUGCGGUCAUCACUGCUACUCAUCCACCGGUUGCAGGAGGUGGCAUGACAUCUGCUUCUGUUGCUUCUUUGACCAUGAUUUACCUCGAAGCCAUGACGUAUAACAUCUCUUGGGGUCCAGUUCCUUGGCUCUACAUGUCCGAGAUCUUCCCCACACGCAUCCGAGAAGGAGGCAUCGCAGUGGGAACAGCAACGCAGUGGCUUUGGAACUUUGCUUUCAGCCAAAUCACUCCCCAUGCUGUUGAGAACCUCGGCUGGAAGACGUUCCUGAUGUUUUGCAUCUUCAACUUUGCUCUCGUCGUCUACGCUUGGUUCAUCAUCAAGGAGACCAAGGGCCGAUCUCUGGAGGAGAUGGAGCUUAGUAAGUUUGACAUUUUUACUAAAUAA